AUGUCUUCCAUUGUCAACAAGGUCAAGGAUGCUCUGUCCUCUGACAAGAAGCACGAGCAGCCCGAGGGAACUCACGGUCACCAUGACAGCCGUAUUGCAAACGCUGCCGACCCCCGUAUCGAUUCUGACCGUGACCACCGCGCCAACCCUGCUGGAUCUGGUGCUUACACCGGCACGACUGGCACGACUGGCACGACUGGUGGCUUGACCGGCACUCACGGCACAACGGGCACUCACACCGGCACCACCGGCGGCCUCACGGGCUCCAACGUCACCGGAUAUGAUGACCCUGAUGGAGUUCACGGACCCCACAGCUCAAGAAUUGCCAACAAGGCCGACCCCCGCGUCGACUCUGACCGCGACCACCGCGGUGCCCCAGGCCACACCGGUGCCGUAGGCUCCAACACACACACCUCUGGCCUCACCGGAUCACACGCCACGACCGGUACCCACACCGGCACUACCGGCGGCCUUACGGGCUCGCACGGCACUACCGGUACACACGCCGGUGGUUUGACCGGCAACCCUGCUGGUGCUGGUCACCACACGACCGGAGCUCACUCCGGCACCUCCGGUCUCACUGGUACCCACGGAACCACGGGUCACACCGGUACCACUGGUGGCCUGACGGGUUCCAACGUCACAGGAUAUGACGACCCUGACGGAGUUCACGGACCCCACAGCUCGAGAAUUGCCAACAAGGCCGACCCCCGCGUCGACUCUGACCGCGACCACCGCGGUGCCCCAGGCCACACCGGUGCUGUCGGCUCCAACACCUACGACUCCGGACUUACGGGUACCCAUGGAACUACGGGCACCACGGGCACCACGGGCACCACGGGCACUCACACCGGCGUUGGCGCCACUGGACACACUGGACAUGGCGCUGCUGUCGGCGGUGUCCACGGCACUGGUCCUGCUCCAGGAACCGCUGGCCCGCACAAGUCAGACUUCCUGAACAAGGCCGACCCUCGCGUAGACUCCGAUCUUGACGGAUCAAAGACCGUGGGCGGUAACCGAACCUUCCAGGAUGGGACCUCGAGUUCUGCUGCCAAGGAUCCUACGGACGCCGCUCAGGUACCUCCUUCCGUCCUUGCUAAGCACAUUGGCGAGCCCGAGAUUGCACAUGGGGACCAUGGACAUGACCGUGUGAGACGUAACUCCAAGGUUUCUCACCAGGACACUCACCGCGGGUUGUAA